ACGAGGCUCUCAAAAAAGCAAAAGUCUGAGCUUUUUUUUAGUACUUCUUUUCUUUUCUUGAAGUCCACUGUUGAGUUGAACCUCUCUAUUUCUCUCUCUGUCUGAAUUUUCUUACCCAUCUGAAUCCAAUUCCUAUAUUUUCUGGGUGGAUUUGUUCUCUCCUCAGCCUAUACAUACAGUAUCUUGUAUCUAUACUUCUCUCUUCUUCGUGAGCCUCACCAGCUCCUUGGUUUCUUUUCCCUUAAUUCAACUCAUUCAAACACAGACGACGGCGAAGACGGACGGUUCUUAGCAACUCGUUCGAUCUUGUUUUAGUUUUGGGGUUGAAUUGUUUUCUGGGGAAAUGGCGAAGCGUGGAUAUAAAUUGCAGGAGUUCGUGGCACAUACGGGAAGUGUCAACUGUGUAAAUAUAGGGAAGAAGACUUGUCGGCUUUUUAUUACUGGUGGAGAUGAUCAGAAAGUGAAUCUUUGGUCGAUUGGCAAACCGACAUCUUUAAUGAGCUUGUGUGGUCAUGCUAGUCCAGUUGAAUCUGUUGCUUUUGAUUCGGCAGAGGCUUUGGCAUUGGCUGGAGCUUCUGCUGGUGUGAUGAAGCUGUGGGAUUUGGAAGAAACAAAGAUGGUGCGCACUCUUAAUGGACACAGAUCCAAUUGUACUGCCGUUGAAUUCCACCCAUUUGGUGAGUUUUUUGCAUCUGGUUCCAUGGACACUAAUCUAAAGAUCUGGGACAUCAGAAAGAAAGGAUGCAUUCACACCUAUAAGGGUCAUACUCGAGGAAUAAGUACUAUAAGAUUCACUCCUGAUGGUCGCUGGGUAGUUUCUGGUGGAUAUGAUAAUGUUGUAAAGGUCUGGGACCUAACUGCUGGGAAGCUCCUGCAUGAUUUCAAGUUCCAUGAAGGACAUAUUCGAUCUAUGGAUUUUCAUCCCCUUGAGUUUCUUCUGGCAACAGGUUCAGCUGACAGAACUGUGAAAUUUUGGGAUUUGGAAACCUUUGAACUAAUCGGAUCUGCCAAAACUGAGGCAACAGGAGUACGAUCAAUUACCUUUCAUCCUGAUGGGAGAACCCUGUUUUGUGGAUUGGAUGAUAGUUUGAAGGUUUAUUCGUGGGAACCUGUGAUAUGCCAUGAUGCUGUUGAUAUGGGAUGGUCAACACUGGGUGAUACUUGUAUCCAUGAUGGAAAACUUUUGGGUUGCUCAUAUUAUAGGAACUCUGUUGGAGUUUGGGUGGCUGAUGUCAUGCAUAUUGAGCCAUAUGGUGGUGGUUUAGUACCUGACAAAAGUAUCCACUCAGAGCAGAAAUAUGAUCUCCAGGAAAGCCCUUUGGAUAAAAUAGGGGGCCACAGAAGGUCUACUUCAAAUUUGCGCUGCAUAUCUCCCGAUUAUGAGACUAAAGAGAUAAAGAAUAUAUAUGUGGACAGUCGAAAUCCUGUUGCAAGAAAAUCUGGAUCUUUUACUUCUCCAAAGGUUGUCCUCCCAUCCGAUUUGAAGGACAUGAAUGAUCUGACAAGUCAGAAGCAAAGUCCUGCAGUUGGCUUACGUGCAAAAAUUACCGGGCAAGCCAAUAGUAAAUCCUUCAUAAUUCCCAACGUGGUACCUCGGGACAUCCCUGAAGGAAGAGACUCGACAAAUUCUAGAAGAGAAUCUAUUGUUUCUGUAAGAGCCAGCACUGGAAUGCCACUCAAGCCAACUCAUAGACGAAGGCCAUCAAAUACCAAAAUUGGGAUGGACAGGGUGUCAACCGCUGUUGAAUCUGGGUCUUUUGACGAUAAGAUGAGUACUUCAGACAUUAUGGAUCAGAACUUUCGUAGCAGGCUAGGUGACGACGCUAGAGAAUCUUCUGAGGAAAAACAUUCGAAUAUGAAGAAUGUUGCAGAGAAAUUUGAAACAAUUUCCUCACCGAAGACACCCUUUAAUCCUGAGAUCUGUUAAGUUUUUGUUCUGCCGCCAAAAUGCUAUCUUGUGCAUGCCAUUUUAUGGGGUUCUAUCUGCGUGCAUUUAUGAAAUAUAUUUGCAUACGUGCGCAUUAUGGUUGUAUAUCUGUG